GUACAGAUGACUUUGGAGUGUGUAACUUACCUCGGGCCAGUGUUGCCCCCACUGGAGCACUAAGAAAUGUAACCAGCUCUUCUAAUUUGAAUGGCAGGUUGAACCAAUUGCAGUGGUUGUUUGCGACUGUUUUGGUGGCCAUCCCCAUCGCAUUGUAA